AUGAUCGACUGGGCCCUGGCCGACGCCCCUUGGACCCACCCCCUGUUCCGUGUCCCCUGGGCCUCCCUCUUCAAGGCGACCAUCGUCUGGGCCCACCAGAACGUCUUUGGGGAUGGCCGACGGGUCAUCUCCCACCUCGUCGACCGUCUCGAGAUUGAGCGCCUCUCCUUGGCCGAACUGCGCGACGUCGCUGAACUGCUCCCCAUCGCCAACAUCCCCCUCCGGCAGCUGGAUGACUUUGCUCAGCGGCUGAGGGAGACGGUCGAGUUCUACUUCAGAGCCACCGGCCAGGCCCUCGAGAUGCCCGACCGGUUCGGCGUGACCAGCGGCUUCGAGCAGGACACCGGGUCGAUGAACAGCUACUGGCAGCCGAAUCCCAAUCGCCUGCCCGGCGGCCAAUCCCCCGAAAAGGCCAAGCCGACCAGCUCGAUGUCCCCGGUCAAUUUCAUGUUGUCCUCCCCGAACACGUCGGUCAUCCUGCCCUGCCGUUCUUCUUCUGAGGGGCCCAAGUCGGAGCCGUUCGAGCUCGACGUCGGCGAGUUGCCGCCGAGCCGCACCGGGCUUUGGGAGUUUGAGUUCCUCUUCGACGGCAAGGACCUCGGGCAGAACAAGCCGGUGAACGUCGACCUGGACGUGCAGCUGGAGAAGCCGCAGCAGCCC